UUGCAAUUCUCAAUGAGCUUUGGGCGUGUGUGUGUCCGUGGGCGUUCAUUGAUCCUGUGAGUCCUUAUCACAGCGGCUCGACGGGGAUCAACAUGGCUGCUACCUGAAUUCCUCAAGUGUCCGAAUCGCCCAGUUCCCGACGGGAAAAGCGGUUUGUGAUCGCCUCCGUGCACCGGGUGUCCACGUCAUCGGCCCAUCGUACCAUAUGGUGGAGCGCAGCAGGAACCAGCUCGUGUCGGCAGGAUGGCAGCCGACGAUAGCAUGGACGACGACGUGUUCGAGGAUAUCGAUAGUUUGAGAGUUUCGGGGAAGAAAGGCAACACCCCCUCUCCGACGGGCUACAGGGAUUACAAGCCCCCAGCUGAAGUUCUCAAACUGUGCCAGAGCGAUGUUAUCGAGGACAAGGAGCAGAUUGUGCAUAAGACAAUCCUACUGGGGGACAGCGGCGUGGGCAAAACCUCCCUUCUGGUCAAAUUCGACACCGGUAAAUUCCAGUCUGGGAAUUUUUCCGCCACAGUAGGCAUCGGCUUCACGGUGAUGCUGCUCGGCGACUCCGGCGUUGGCAAAACGUGUAUUUUGAUGCAAUUCCGGGACGGUCUUUUCCUCGGCGGCAACUUUAUUUCAACAGUUGGUAUAGAUUUUCGGAACAAAGUAGUAACCGUAGAUGACGCCAAAGUGAAACUGCAAAUAUGGGACACCGCCGGCCAAGAGCGCUUCCGAAGUGUAACCCACGCUUACUAUAGAGACGCACACGCACUUUUACUUUUAUACGAUGUGACCAACAAGACUAGCUUCGAUAAUAUACGCGCUUGGCUGAGCGAAAUCCGGGAAUACGCUCAAGACGACGUUGUGAUAAUGUUAUUGGGCAAUAAAGCAGAUUGUGGCGGCGACCGAGAAGUGCGCAGAGAAGACGGAGAAAGAUUAGCAAGAGAAUACAACGUCGCUUUCAUGGAAACUUCAGCAAAAAGCGGGCAAAACGUCGAGCUGGCUUUCUUGGCUGUGGCGAGGGAGUUGAAGUAUCGGCAAAGUGGCAAUCGACCUGACAACAACAGGUUUUCAGUUCAGGAUUACGUCAGGGAGCAAACGCAAAAACCGCCUUGUCCUCCGUGUAUCACAUAGGGGUUAUCGGGACCCACUUAGCGAACUGAACAAUACAAACAACACCAAGAUGAGGACGUUUUUGACUACGACAGUCUGUGAUAAAAGCAGACUGAGUAGUGGGCUGUACAGGUGCUUAAUCUGCAAUGUCUUAGUGUGCAUAGCGUUUUUACUAAGUACCUAUCUAUUCUUGUACACUCUUGGUCGUUGGUAGGUGUGCCCUUAUUAUCAUAUCACUCGUACUGAUCUAUAUUAGGAGAAUCUGCUAAGCUGGUAGAGGAGUACCAAUCGAAUUAUUAGUGGACAACUGAUAUUAUUGAUGACAUUGUUAGAACAAUAAUUUUUGGAUUAUACACUCUGAUGGACCUCUAUGAUUAUAUAGUUUGUAUAGUUGUUAGACGAUUAAAGUAUAUAUAUUCUGUUACUUGGUGUGAAAUAUCGGAAACUUUAAAUAAACUAUUUCUAUGGGUA